AUGGGAAAGAGCUUCCGGUUUCAGGUUACGAAGCCGGGAAGUGUUUCUAAGAUAAUAAUUGCUCUAAAGGCUAGAAAGUUGAUUAGGCAUGAUGUUGUGGCGUUCCUGGCUAGUGUGGCAAAAGUGAGACGAGUUGAUAAAGAUGUAUCAGUUGUACCUGUAGUGAAUGAGUUCCUGGAUGUCUUCCUGGAUGAGAUGCCUGGUUUGCCACCAGAGCGGGAAGUCAACCUUGACAUUGAACUUGAACCGGGGAUGACACUUAACUCUAAAGCUCCUUAUAGGAUGGCCCCCACGGAAUUGAAAGAGUUGAAAUUGCAACUACAAGAAUUGUUGAACCAGGGGUUCAUACGACCUAGCGUGUCACCGUGGGGAGCUCGUGUUGUUUGUGAAGAAGAAGGACGGUAUACUCCGUUUCUGUAUUGA